AUGGCCGUCGACCAAAUCCAAUCGGAAUUAUCCCCAUAUACCCAAGAAAAGGCCAGCUCCUCCGCCAGCGAGGUCAAGGGCUACGAACAAGAUGGCGUCUCCAAAACAUCCUCCUUCCCAGACGCCCAGAAGCCCGAGGAGCGUCAGCUCCACCGAGCGCUCAAAGGUCGUCAGAUCUCCAUGAUUGCCAUCGGCGGUGCCCUCGGUACGGGUCUCAUUAUCGGUACUGGUGGCGGUCUCGCCAACGGCGGUCCGGCUUCCAUCCUCAUCGCAUACACGCUCAUGGGAUUCUGCUGCGCCUCCGUCAUGUCGGCCCUCGGCGAAAUGUCGACCUACAUGCCUCACCCAAGGGGUUUCGCUGGUCAUGCUUCACGCUUCGUAGGCGACGAGUUUGGUCUGGCCACUGGCUACAACUACCUCUUCAAGUACGGAGUGGUCGUCGCUAACAACACAAAUGCUGCGGCACUUGUGAUUGCCUACUGGAAUUCCACCCUCUCUGGAGGCAUCUGGAUCGGCAUCAUCACCGUGCUCAUCAUUGCUCUCAACUUCGGUGGUCCCAAAUGGUUCGGUGAGGUCGAGUUCUGGCUCUCCCUGGUCAAGAUCAUUACCAUGACGGGUCUCAUCUUGCUAUUGCUCAUCAUCGACCUCGGUGGAUCUCCCACGGGCGACCGCAUCGGUUUCCGCAACUUCCAAGACGGUCUCGCUUUCCGUUCCUAUCCAGGCACUUCGGGGUCCAAGGGAAUGUUCCUCGGCUUCUGGUCCACCAUGGUCACAGCUCUGUUCGCGUACACCGGUACCGAACUUGUCGGUGUCACCGUCGGAGAAGCUGCCAACCCACGCAAGACGGUCCCCUCGGCCAUCAAGAAGACGUUUUUCCGAAUCGCGUUCUUCUAUGUCAUUGGUGCUCUGCUUGUCGGCAUGGUCGUCCCGUCCAACGCACCCGAGCUGCUCUCGGCCAAUAAAAAGGGUACCUCGGCCGCUGCCUCGCCGUUCGUCGUGGCCAUCAUCCGAGCUCGCAUCCGCGUUCUUCCGCACGUAAUCAAUGCGGCAAUUUUGGUGUUCUGUAUUUCGGCUGCCAACUCGGAUCUGUACAUUGCAGCGCGUACGCUGUACGGAUUGGCGCUCGAUGGUAAGGCGCCCAAAGUUUUCCGUCGCGUCGACAAGCGCGGUGUUCCGUACGUUGCGCUCUCGGUCAGCUCGCUGUUCUGCGGUCUGGCGUUUAUCAACCUGGCCUCUGGUGGACCCAAGACGUUUUCGUACCUGGUCGCGUCGGUGACCAUGUUUGGUGGUCUCACGUGGAUCUGCAUCCUGAUCAGCCACAUCCAAUUUAUGAAGGCGAUGAAGGCGCAGGGCAUGUCGCGCGAGUCUCUGCCGUGGCAAUCUCCGCUGCAGCCGUACAGCUCGUACAUCGCCGUCGUCUUCACGUCGCUCGUUGUCUUCUUUAAAGGCUGGAACUCGUUUCUGUUUACGUUCAACUGGAGGACGUUUUUGACCAACUACAUUGGAUUGCCUAUCUUUUUUGCCAUCUUGCUCGGAUGGAAGUUUUGGUACAAGACCAAGUUCAUCAGCCCCAAGGAUGUAGAUUUGCUCACUGGCGUGCGCGAGUUUGACGAGCAGGACGUAGCGAUAUGGCAGGCUGACGAGGAGAAGACGCGCGCCGAGCUGGCGAGUGCGCCCAUGUAUAAGAAGGCCUGGAUUUACGCCAAGAACUGGUAA